GUUCACUAUGGGAAGCAAUUACCGGUGGUUAGUGUUGAAGAAAAUGGAUUUGUAAACUAUGGCUAAAAUUUUAAUAUCUGGAAUACUGUUGGUCUGUGUAUUUAUAGCAGCUGUUUUAACAGAAUCGACAUGUCCACUGAACAAGUAUGGGUGGCGAUGUCGAUUUAAGUGUCGAUGUCGGAAUGGUACGUGUGAUCCACAGACGGGGAGCUGCAAGUCCGGGUGCCGGUCACCUCGAUACGGUACAUCGUGUCAACUCAAAAACCAAUGUUUAUACGAUUUACAUGGUGUCAACUACACUGGCACCUGGAAUAAAGCAAAGGGAAACAAAGUAUGCAUCCCAUGGUCUGAUGAAUUUGUUCAGAAGAAAGGUUACACACCAGAUAUGUUUCCAGAUAAGAAAUUUCCAGAAAACUACUGUCGUAAUCCCCGUGAGAAAAACGGGAAGUACAGCAAUAUGCCAUGGUGUUACAUAGCACGAGGUGGAGAUAAACCGUUUGCUUCCUGCACUGCUCUCAAAGCAGCUACCAAAAGUGUUUGCCAGUGCCCUGAUUAUAUGUUUGGUGUGAACUGUGCGCAGCAGUGUCACUGUAGAAAUGAGUCUGAGGUGUGUGACAAGCGUUAUGGUAACUGUGGCAGUGGCUGUGCCCCGGGAUGGUCAGACUUCAGCUGUCAGACAGCUUGUCCUGUGGGAAAGUAUGGACUUGGAUGCUCUAAGACGUGUGAAUUCUGCCUUGAUGACAGAUGUGAUCCGGAGACUGGACAUUGUGUGCAAGGCUGUCAGGCUGGUCACCGUGGAGAUUUCUGUGAUACACCUUGUGCUCUUGGAACGUUCGGACCUAACUGCCAGGAAGAGUGUGGCAACUGUCGUGAUGGAGAACCGUGUCGACCCACACUCGGAGACUGUUUCCGUGGUUGUGCCCCGGGAUACACAAACACACACUGUAAAGAAAAAUGUCCACCCGGGCGGUAUGGCUUGAACUGUGACAAUCUGUGUGGACAGUGUCACCCAGGAACAGACUGCAGUCACAUCACUGGGUUUUGCACCUCCGGCUGUGACCAAGGCUACAAGGGAGAUAAAUGUGACACAGAGUGUCAAGAAGGGACGUAUGGAGAGAACUGCACGGCAGUGUGCGGACACUGUAAAGGGGGAACUCCGUGUCUCACCACCAACGGCCAGUGUCUGAAGGAGUGUGAUGAGGGUUACUUCGGAUACAGAUGUGUUGAAAAGAUUGAAAUGAGUACAAUGGCGUCGGAAACUGGCGGGAUCAUCGGGGGAGUCCUCGCCUUCAUCCUCGUCUUUCUCAUCAUCUUCCUGCUCGUUAUUUUCAUAAGACGCCGUCGACACAAAAACACGAUGAGUAUGACCCGUCAUUAUGUGACAGAGGAGCCAGUGGGACAUCCCACAGAACACAAUGAAAGUAUUCAGCUGCUUGGAGACUCCAGAAUCGAAAAUUCGACAGUGUUGACAUCUGAGACUGAAGAUAACACUAUAAAUGAGGAGGUGAAUGAGCCCAUCUACGUAAACAUCAACAGCAAGAAACAAACCAACCCCAUCCCACUGUCCGACCUGUAUGAUGUCAUUCUCAAAUACAGAGAGAACAGCAUGGCUGGGUUCAAGACUGAAUUUGAUGAACUGCCAAUGGGUUUAUUGGCUCUUUGUGAAGUUGCUAGGAGACCAGAUAAUAAAGCUAAAAACCGAUAUGGAAACAUUGUUGCUUAUGAUCAUUCUCGAGUUACACUGGAGCCAAUAUCUAAUGAACCAUUUUCCGACUAUGUCAACGCAAAUUUCAUGGAUGGAUACAGUAAGAAAAAGUCUUACAUAGCUUCUCAAGGUCCAAAUAAAGCAAUGAUCCGUGACUUUUGGCGGAUGGUCUGGCAACAAAGAGUUUCCAAAAUUGUAAUGCUUACCAAUUUGGUGGAAGCUUGUAAGAAAAAGUGUGAGCAGUACUGGCCGAGUGAGGGAUCGAUCAAGUACGGCGAGGUCACAGUACGAAAUGUGAAUGAAGCCAAGUACACGGAUUACAUCAUACGAACCUUUGAAAUAUCUAAGGAUUCAGUGAGCCGGAUUGUUAAACAGUUUCACUUUACCACGUGGUCGGACCAUGGCGCUCCGACGUUCCCAACCACCCUGCUGGCCUUCCGCCGUAAGAUACACACCUACAGCCCAGACAGCACUGCUCCGGUCUUGUCUCACUGCAGUGCUGGUAUUGGUCGGACAGGAACAUUCAUAGCUCUGGACUAUCUUCUGGAGCAGGCUGCUAAUGAAAACCAGAUAGAUGUGCUGGGCAUUGCUCAGCUCAUGAGAACUAACAGAGUGAACAUGAUUCAGACCUGGGAGCAGUAUGCCUUUGUGUAUGAGGCUGUUCUUGAAUCCAUCAAGUCGGGUGAAACGACCAUACCGAAAUCUGCUUUUAGAAACGUUUACCAGAACAUGUCACAGACAAACAAAGAAGGAGAAACGACUCCAUUAGAAAAACAGUACGAGGUUCUACAACUCCUGUCUCCAAACAUUGAUCGGGAUGAAUGUACUGCUGCAUGUGCACCUGAGAACAAUGGCAAAAACAGAUUCCAGAACAUCCUGCCAGCUAACCGCUGUCGGCCUUUCCUGUACACACCUGUACAGGGUUGUACAGACUACAUAAAUGCUGUGUUUUUACCUGGCUACACACAAAAGGACCGUUUCAUUGUAACGCAGAUGCCACUGCCCGGCACAGUGGCUGACUUCUGGCGCAUGUUGUACGACUAUACAUCGGACACUGUGGUUAUGCUCAACGAAUUUGAUCGCAAUGAUAAGUCGUGUGCCUUGUACUGGCCUGAAGAAUAUGGGUACACUGAAGAGUACGGUCCACUCAGUGUGGAGUUGCUGUCCUCGUCAGAGGCCGAUGUCGACGUCACGAUCCGCGUCUUCAAACUGAGCCACACAAUCAAGGGUGAAGAGCGAGCAGUCAAACAGUUUCAGUUCAAGUCGUGGCCAGACUACCAGACAAUCCCCAACUCUGUGACUGCUCUCUUGAGGCUGCAGAAACUUGUCUCCGAUUGGCUCAAACAGAAUGGAAAGGGACCAAUCUCCAUUCACUGCAUGAAUGGUGCCAGUAAGAGUGGUUUGUUUGCGGCGAUCAGUCUGGUGCUGGAGCGUCUCACUAUGGACCAGGAGGUGGACAUCUACCAGACCAUCAAACAGAUCAGGAUGAACCGGCCACAGUUCAUAGAAAACUUUGAGCAGUAUCAGUUCUGCUACCAGCUGAUCUUGGAGUACCUUGACAGUCAAGAUCACAGCUGAAACGGUGCUGUACGCUAGCUGUGUUUUUCAAUUUAGUAUGCAUUUCACCUGGAUAGUGUUGUAUUAUGUUAUUGAAACUGAAGCAAGUGGAUUUCUAAACAUUGUUGUUACGGAACAACAGAGAAGAAACAUUCCACUGUUUGUGUCAUUUUAAUCAGCAUUCCAGAUUACUUGUUACAUGCGAGCUUGUUUGUAGUGUGCAAAGCAUUAUUAAAUGUUGAAUGUAUUAUGGUCUUCUUUUGGUUGAAAGUUUGGUUCGCUGCAUUUUUGCUGAAUGCUUCAAGAAUUGGGAAUAUGUUUUAGUUAUAUAUAAAAUUUAUAAUUAAAAAAAAAUAUUCUUUAAAAUAUUUAGUUUUUUAAAAGUAAAAUGAGUGGAUAUUUACAUUAGGUAUGUGCCUGAAUCUUGAUUGGAUAUAGAUACGUAAAAAGAGUAAGCAAGCAUUAGGUAUUUGUGUUUUAAAUAUGUACAUUGUACAUUCAGCAUUUAUUUUGUUUUUAAAUUGAGUGAAAGGAAUGCUCUUGGUAUUUAAAAAUAAGAAUGUGUGAAAUACUCUCACUGAUAAUAUUUUAUGUUUUAAAACUGAGUUAAAGGUAUGCAUUUGAUGUUUGUUAUGUUUUAAAGUUAAAUAUAUGCAUUGGGUACUUUUUGUUUACCUUGAGUUAUGCACUGUAUAUUUUGCUAAAGAGUCUGGCUCAGGUGGUUUUUAAAUUCAGCUAAUUGUAUGAAGGGUCCAAUGUAUUGCAUUAAUUUACAUAUUUUAUGUGAUACGUUUUUCUGAUUCUCAUAUUGCAAUAUUUGUAAUUAUGUUCCACAGCAUUGUUUAGAAAGUAUUUUAAAUUUUAAACUGUGAGCUCUGUGUCCAUGAUUAUUUGCCCAUUUGUUUUCAAUUAUGGCAAGUUAUAUAACUGGCUAUAAAGCUUAACACUGUCAGUAGUCAUAUUGGCCAGCCUUGUCCAAUAUAUCCCCUGUUGUGUCCUUGUUUAACAUACAUGAAGGUCUUGUUUCUGUGAAAUUAAUAAAACUGAAUUUACAUUGAUUAAUUAGGUUGACAAAAAUCAUGUUCAUAACUUUUAUUAAUUGUUUUAAAAUAAAAAUCUUAAUUAAAAUCAGAGUUUGCACAUUAGUAAAUUGCAAUAAUAAAAGAUGUUUACCCCCCCCCCCCCCAUUUUUUUUUAACUUUUCAUGUUUUGAACUUCUAAGCUCUUACAUAAUUGUACUUUCAGCUUAAAAUAGUAUUACAGUUUUAUCAAAAUGUUAGAUAAAACUGAACAAAUAUAAAAUAAUAUUACUGUUUAUGAAGAUUGCUUUCUUACUUCAAUUAAACAUCUGUUAAAGCAUAGGUUUUUAAAACAGCCAUUUUAUAAUAAUAUAUUUUAAUGUUUGCAUGUUUUUAGUUCUUCUGUUGCUGAAACCUGAAAGUAUUACAUUUGUUUGCAAAUAUUUAGAAAUAAAUAAUCAAACAUUCACAAUCAUUAGCUUUUUUAGUUAUUUUAAUAUUAAUGUUUUCAUUUUAUAAUUACCAGCAAUUGCUUAGAUAAAAAUGAUUUAGAUUUUUUAAAUUUUAUUAAUAUAAUUCUAUAGAUAAUGCCUGUGCUUCCAGUUUUAAUGGCAGAGUUUUAAAAUGAACCAUGUUUUAUAACAUUUAGUAAGAAUGACGUUUUGCUAUGUGUACAUGUAUACUACCAAUUUUAGUUUAAUAUAUCAUGUUACAUAAUAUACAGAAUUUAAUGGAAAAAAGAAAAACUAAACAGAAUAAUUUAUGUUGCAAUUUACUGUUACAAUCUCAGUUAUCGUUCAUAGAUUUGAUAAUAAAUAUACAAAUAUAUUUGCUUUUGUGAUUGCUAUGCAUGUAAUAAACUUACAAUUAUGAUUUUGUUAAUUGCAUUUAUGUGUAUAUUACAGUCACCGUGGUAACAUAAGAAUAUUAGCACAUUGAUGGGUGGGAUAUAAAUAUCUUGCUAAUAUUGUUUGACAGUCUGUGAUUGUUGCUGUUCAUCAUUGAAUUUAUCAAUGUAUUCUGUACAUAGAUUUCUUUAGAGAUACUUUUUAUAGCUACACAUUUUUUAAAAAUAUAUAUUUAGUUUUCAUCUGUCGUUAGCAACUAGUGCUUUAUGUGUCAUGUCAUGUUGACAUAUUUUUUAUUAGUAAUAUGCAGCUAAUUAUAAUAUACUUAGUGAUUUCUCUAGAAAUUAGGCAAGGCAUGGUAGACCAAACACUUUUGGGGCAUUUUCACCAUUUUCGGGGAACUUUUA